AUGGAUCGAGGAUUCAAGAGGAGCAAGAGUGAGCCUACACUUUACAUCAAGUCUCAAGGGCAGUACACUCUCUUACUCUCUCUAUAUGUAGAUGAUCUUAUCUACACGAGAAACAAUACUAAGAUGAUGAUGGAGUUUAAAAAAGACAUGAUGAAGACCUUUGAGAUGACCGACGUUGGUUUGAUGAGUUACUUCCUCGGCAUAGAGGUAAGUCAGAGAAAUGAAGGGAUAUUCAUCUCGCAAAAGAAAUACACAAAAAGCUUACUUAAGAAAUUCAAGAUGUAUGAUUGCAAACCUGUUGCUACUCCACUCAUAACAAAUGAGAAACUACAGAAGAAUGAUGGAGCACCAGAAGCUGAUGCAUCCAAAUACCGAAGUCUAAUUGGAAGCCUCCUAUAUUUGACAGCUACACGGCCUGACAUAAUGUAUGCUACAAGUCUUCUAUCAAGAUUCAUGCAAAGCCCAAGUCAAAUACAUUUUGGAGCAGGAAAAAGAAUUUUGAGGUAUCUACAAGGAACAAAAGAGUUCGGUAUAUGGUAUACUACCGAAACCAACCCAGAACUACUUGGCUACACCGACAGUGAUUGGGCAGGUUCGGGAGAUGACAUGAAGAGUACCUCUGGCUAUGCUUUCUCACUAGGAUCGGGAAUGUUCUCUUGGGCGUCGAAGAAGCAAGCUACAGUAGCACAAUCAACAGCAGAAGCAGAGUACGUGGCAGCUGCUGAAGCAACGAGUCAAGCUAUAUGA